UCCCAAUACAUCAGCGAAUGGGUACAAUGGCACCAAUCCCCGAUCUAACGUUCAAUUUGAUUGGAUUGAAGGAAAUCCGCUGAGAACUUGAUGACGUUGCGGCCACGUCGGCUGAGCGGAGGUGAGAAAGGCCGACAGCAGGAUGGAGCGGUAGUGUUUAGAGCUUUGCUGCUAACGCACACUCAGGUGAUAUAAUGGAUGGUUUUUGCAGUAGACAUGAAAACUGAGCCUUGUUAAGGAGCAGCUAGGAGCCAAACGGAGUACAUUGUUUUCUAAAGCACAUCCGCUCUCUUUCUUCCAAACUCAUCUUUGAGACUUUAGAUAAACUUAACCGGUUUGGUGGUUUGGAACACCUCUGAAAAAUAUAGCUGAAGAACCAUGUUUGCAAAACUGAAAAAGAAGAUUGCUGAAGAGGCAGGCAACACCUCACGUCCUGGUACGGGACGGAUUCCAAGAUCGGUCAGCAGAGACUCCAUUACUUCAAUAGGAGCUGACUCUGGAGAAGAUAUUGCUUCUGACAGUAGCUGUUCUCGAGAGGAUCUGUUGUCUCAGCUGCUACGGCGAAAUGACCAAGUUCGGAAGUUGGAAGUAAAACUGUCAGAUUAUGCUGAGCAGCUGCGAAAUUUGCAGAAGACAAAAGAGAAGCUUGAGAUUGCAUUAGAAAAACAUCAGGAUUCCUCAAUGAGGAAACUUCAGGAACAGAAUGAGGCAUAUCAAGCCAACAGAGCAAAAAUGGCAGAAGGAAUGGCACAAGCCUUAGAAAAGAGGGAUCAGGACUGGAUGCUGAAAGUUUCCAUUCUAGAAAAGGAGAAGGCAAUGUUUGAGAAUCAGCUGAAGCAAAUGAAGGAUCACAGUUUAAAUCUGUUCCAGAAACGAGAUGAACAGGACGAACUGGAUGGAUUUCAGCAACAGGAACUUGCCAAAGUCAAACAUAUGCUCUUGAGGAAAGAAGAACUGUUGCUCAAUAUAGAAAAGGAACUUGAAGAGCGGAAAAUAGAGCUAGAUCAAACCAAAGAAGAGCUGAAGCUCUCCAAUAAGAAACUCUUAAAUCAAGACAAAAUGCUGGAGCAACUGCAGACACUAAAUGCAGAUAUUAACAAAGAAAGAGAAGGAUUUGAGGCUACCAAAAAAAGUGCAGAAGGAAAAAUAAUGGAGUUAGAAUACAGAACACAGGAAUUACAGGAUGUGAAUCAAAGGCUAUCAACUGAUUUACAUAAGACCUCUGCAGUGACAGAGGAGAAGGGAAAGUUUAUAGAGCAUCUGCAAGCAAAAGUAUUUUCCCUAGAGAAACGGUUAGAGGGAAAUUUUUCAGAGGAUGAGCAUAUUCAGGAGCUGCUUGAAGAGAAAUCCUGUCUGGAGCAGAAACUGGAAGAAACAAAGCAUCAUUUGUUGGAAACUAAGACUAGCCACACUGUGACUGUCAGUACUCUCAAAACACAGAUCAAUGAAUUGGAGGAACAAUUAAAUUUUACGAAGAAAAAGCUAGUGCAAAAAGAAAAUGAUAUGAAUGAAAAAGAAGCUCAAUUAAAAAAGCUGCAAGAAGAAAGUGACGCUGAAAACAAUAGAUUGCAGCAUCAAAUUGCUGUUUUAAAACAUCAGCACACAGAAAGGACUAACCGAGUGGAUGCUCAAAUGGCUGCUCUUGAAACUGCCCGUGAAUUUGACAAAACAGCCUCACAACACAAGAUAAGCCAAUUCCAAAAGAAAAAUGAAGCGCUAAGUGACAGGCUUAAUGACACAGAAAACACAUUGAGGAAAGUUGAAUGUGAACUGGAAAGAUCAAAGGAAGAAUUAAACAGCAGAGAAACUAUAAGCAUUGAAAUUGCCAAAGCAUUAGAAGAGACAAGGAAGCAGAGGGCAGAGUUGCAGCAUAAGGUUUGUUUCAAUUAAUAAUAAAGCUGCAGUAUGAAGUA